AUGUCGGCCCCAGCUCCCGUGGCGAGAUGCGUCCAGCGCGGUGCUCGCUCCAUCGGCGGCCGGCUGGGCACUAGCGGCGGCCGACCUAUAUGCCGCAGCAUCACCACCACCGCCUCGGCGACAACGACGACGACGACGACAAUGCCCUUCACAGCCUCCCGGACCCACUCUCUGACCGCGACGAAAAGAACGUCGAGGACCUCGGCAGCCUGCUCCUCGCUCGGUAGCGGCGCCGGCAUCCGACGCUUCACAGCAGGCCGGGCGCUGCGCGAAGACGACAACGGCGCCUUUGACCCGAGCCGCAUCGAGCGCGAAUCCGACCAGGUCGACGUGUGCAUUGUCGGCGCGGGACCGGCCGGCCUCUCGGCUGCCAUCCGCCUCAAGCAGCUGGCCAAUGAGGCCGGCAAUGAGGACUUUCGCGUCAUCGUGCUGGAAAAGGCCGGUGACGUGGGCGCGCACAUUGUCUCGGGCGCCGUGAUUCAACCCUCGGCCGUGGAAGAAUUAUUCCCGGACUGGCUCGAUGAGGAGAACCCGGCGCGGUUCGAACACGCGACGCCCGCGGGCGCCGACAAGAUGCGCUUCCUGACCAAGACGGCCGCCAUCCCGCUGCCGGCGCCUCCGCAAAUGAGCAACCACGGCAACUACAUUGUCAGUCUCAAUCAGUUCGUCAAGUGGCUCGGCGAGCGCGCCGAGGAGCUGGGCGUCGAGCUCUACCCGGGCUUCGCGGCCGCCGAGGUGCUUUACGAGCCCGACGGCUCCGUGCGCGGCGUCGCCACCAACGACCUCGGCCUCGGCCGCGAUGGCCAGCCCAAGGACGCUUUUGAGCGCGGCAUGGAGUUUCACGCCAAGGUCACCAUGUUUGGCGAGGGCUGCCACGGCAGCCUCAGCAAGCAGGUCAUCAACAAGUUUGAUCUGCGCCACGACAGCCAGCACCAGACGUACGGCCUUGGCAUCAAGGAGGUAUGGGAGGUGGACCCGGCCAAGUUUGAAAAGGGCCUCGUCGUUCACUCGAUGGGUUAUCCGCUACCCAGCGACGUAUACGGCGGCUCUUUCAUGUACCACUUUGGCGACAACAUGGUGACGCUCGGCCUCGUCGUCUCGCUCGACUACAAGAACCCGUGGCUGUCGCCAUACCAAGAGUUCCAGAAGCUCAAGCUGCACCCGCUCUUCCGCAACGUGCUCGAGGGCGGCAAGUGCAUCUCGUACGGCGCGCGCGCUCUUAUCGAGGGCGGCUUCCAGUCUAUCCCCAAGGUAGCCUUUCCUGGCGGUGCCCUCAUCGGCGAUUCGGCCGGCUUUGUCAACGUGCCCAAGGUCAAGGGCACGCACAACGCCAUGAAAUCGGGCAUUCUGGCCGCGCAGGCUGCCUGGCGCGCGCUCGAACGUGAGGACCCGGGCACCGUCUUCCUCUACGACUACGAGGACUCGCUGCGCAAAUCGAGCAUUUGGAAGGAGCUCAAGGAGGUGCGCAACCUGCGUCCGUCCUUCCACAGCCCGCUCGGCCUCUUUGGCGGCCUGGCCUAUUCGGGACUCGACACAUUUCUAUUCAAGGGCCGCGUGCCCUGGACCUUUAAGCACAAGCUGCCCGACCACGCCGCCACCAAGCCCGCCGAUAAGUACAAGAAGAUUGAGUACGAGAAGCCCGACGGCAAAAUCACUUUCGACAUCCUCACGAGCGUCUCCCGCACCGGCACCAACCACGAGGAGGACCAGCCCGUCCACCUGCAGGUCAAGGACUGGGACGCCCACACAAACGAGACGUAUCCGGCGUACCAGGGCCUGGAGAAUCGCUUCUGCCCGGCCGGCGUGUACGAAUACGUAGAGGACGAGAGCAAACCCCACGGCGUGCGUUUCCAAAUCAACGCUCAAAACUGCAUUCACUGCAAAACAUGCGACAUCAAGGCUCCUCAUCAAGACAUCAAUUGGCAAGUGCCCCAAGGUGGCGAGGGCCCCAAGUAUUACAUGACGUAG